AGUGGGGGUAGAUUUUAAUGAGUUUGGUCAAUAGAUGAGAGGUCAGAUUGGCGGCAAUCACUUACUCUUGCAAAUAGCUUUGAAUUUUUCCAAAACCAACUCAAUGAAGCAGAGCUGCAUGAUCUUCCUUCAAGUGGUUCUUAUUUUACCUGGGGUAACAGCACAAUUUCUAAAAAGUUGGACAAACUAAUGGUGCUAAAUGAGGUUUGGCUAGAUAAUUUUCCAUCCACUAAAGCAUCUUUUCUGCUUCUUGGAUGCUCAAAUCAUUGUGCUGGUUCGGUUGAAAUUACUUUGCCUAUGUUAAAAAAGUUGGGACUCUACACAUAUAAAAGGUUGUGCCAUGUAUCAACUUUGUAAGAAACUCAAAGUCCUAAAGCCAGCUUUGAAAAAGCUGAAUAAUGAUCACUAUGGGAACAUACAGAGCAAACUGCAGGAAGAAAGAGGUAAGUUACAUGUGCUGCAACUUGAUCUUUUAGCUAACCCACAUGAAGAUUUAAUACAAGUUGAGCAUGAGCAGGCCAAUAAAGUAGUAGCUUUGCAGCUAGCCAUGAAGUCUUUCUUUAGGCAAAAAUCAAGGGUUAAAUGGCUGCAAGAAGGCGAUAGCAAUGCCACAUAGUUUCAUAAAGUGGUAAAAAUAAGAAGGAUGAAAAAUACAAUCAGUGAACUCAUUGCAAUGGAUGGAAGGAAACUUACGGCCUUACUUGGAAUGGAGAUUGAAGCUGUACAAUUCUACCAAACUUUGUUAGGAGCAAAAGAUGUGAAUUGUAGAAGGGCAGAUAGUCAAUGGAUCAAAGACUUGUUGCAAUUCCAAUUACCAGAGGAUCUAUGUACUUACACAACUAGUGACUGCAACAAAAAUUAAGGCUGUUGUGUUCAACAGCCCUGGAAAUAAGAUGCCUAGGCUUGAUGGCUACACAGCAGAACUUUUUAAGGUCUCCUGGACAGUUGUAGGUGACUUGGUGAUAAAAGCCAUCUUGGAAAUUUUUACAACUGGGAAAAUACCAAAGGAAUUGAACUCUACGUUGAUAACCUUGGUUCUAAAGGUCUCAAAUCCUAACAGAAUGUCUGAGUUCAGGCUAAUCUUUUACUACAAUUUACUUUAUGAAUUCAUCACAAAGAUUUUGGCUGAAAGACUCGAGAAAUGUUCGCCCCUAUUCAUUAGUCACAAUCAAUGCGCUUUGGUGGAAGGAAGACUAAUGGUAGUGAAUGUUUUACUAGCACAUGGAACAAUAAAGCAUUACCAUAAGCAACAUCUUAGUUCAUGUUGUGCUCUUAAGAUUGAUUUGAUGAAAGCUUUUGGCUCUGUCCACUGGGAUUUUGUUUUCCAAAUUUUGGAUGCUCUUGGAUUCCCCACUCUUUUCAUAAAUUGGGUGGUAGCUUGUAUUACUACUCCGAAGUUCUUUGUGGUUUUCAAUGGGAAUCUUGUAGGAUAUUUUCCUGGAAAGAAAGAUGACCUUAUCAUUUUUACAUAUGGAAAGGCAUCCUCUUUAGCUGCAAUUGAUGACACUUUGAAGAGCUUCUAUCCUAUUUCUGGUUUGAAGAUUGGCACACUCACUGUCAGGCACCUAGGAGUACCUUUAAUCACAGGGAGACUAACAGGAAAAGACCUAAAGCCAUUGGUGUCUAAGAUCAUGGACAGAAUGAAUUCUUGGACAUCGAAACACCUUUCUUUUGUUGGGUGAUUGCAAUUAAUUUCCUCUGGUAUUCAGGGAGUCACAACCUUCUGGUGCUCAAUUUUUAUUCUACCCAGAAAAGUGAUCAAGGAAUUUGAAAGACUUUUCAAUGCUUUCCUAUGGAAUAAUUCUACUGAUGGUGCAAACGGAGCUAAUCAUUGUCUUGCAACAGAAAGUUGGCUGGCCUCAUUACAAGAAAAGAAAGAAUCCAAUUUUUC